AUGAGCCCUCAUUACUACUACCAUUUCGUAAUUCUUCUACUUGUUUUUGCUACAACUUUGUUGAUGCUGUUACUGAAACACAAAGCAAGAGAAGGAAGAUGCAAAUAUCCACCAGGUCCGCCAAGUAUUCCUUUAAUUGGAAACUUGCACCAGCUAGGCAAUGGCUUGCCACAUAUAUCACUUCAGAAGCUUUCCAAUGAAUAUGGUCCUUUAAUGUUUCUUAAACUUGGCUCAAUUCCGACUCUUGUUGUGUCUUCGGCGGAUAUGGCAAAACAGAUCCUCAAAACACAUGAUCUGGCGUUUUGCGACAGACGCAUGUUUUAUGCUCUCACAAAACUAUCUUAUGGUUGUUCUGAUAUUGCUUUUUCUCGUUAUAGUGAAUACUGGAGACAAGUCAGAAAGAUAGCAAUUUUGGAACUUUUAAGUGCCAAGAGGGUGCUGUCAUAUCGAGCAGUGAGAGAAGUUGAGGUUGCCUCUGCAAUUCAUUCCAUGCGUGCAUCUUCUGCUUGUUCAGUUCCUAUUAAUCUGAGCGAGGUUCUGGUUUGUCUUACGAACAACGUAACUUGUCGAGUUGCUUUUGGUAUGAAGUAUGAAGCUAAACAAAACAAUAAGGGUGAGAAUACGUUUUACACGAUGCUUCAAGAAACACAGAGCUUGCUUGCUGGAUUCAGUACUGCGGACUUGUUCCCGUGGAUGAGUUGGAUUCACAAGUUUGAUGGAUUAAACACAAGACUACAGAAGAACUUUAGGUGUAUGGACGAAUUCUUUGAUAAAGUAAUUGACGAACACAUCAACCAUGGUAAAUUGUCGAAAUCUGGCACAAAAGACUUUGUUGACGUUCUGCUUCGUGUUCAGCAAGAUACUAGCUACGGUAUCAACCUCACAAAAGACAAUAUUAAAGCCAUUAUCAUGGACACGUUCCUUGCUGGAACUGAUACUUCUGCGACAACACUGGUUUGGACUAUGACAGAGCUUAUUAGGAACCCAUCAGUCAUGAAGAGAGCACGAGAAGAGGUCAGAACAGAAACAGGAACUAAAGCUAUAGUGGAAGAAAGUGAUCUUGACAAACUAAGUUAUUUGAAAUUAGUAAUUAAGGAAGCAUUGAGACUGCAUCCUCCUGCACCAUUGUUAGUUCCCAGGGAAACCAGAGAGAAGUGCACCAUCGAAGGAUAUGACAUUCCAGUCAAAACAUGUGUUCUCAUUAAUGCAAAAGCAAUUUCGACGGACCCAAAAUAUUGGAAAGAACCAGAGGAAUUCCGACCUGAAAGAUUCUUAGACAAUAAUAUAGAGUAUAUGGGUCAAGACUUCCAAUUGAUACCAUUUGGGGGUGGCCGAAGAGGCUGUCCCGGUAUUAAUUUUUCCGCGGUGCUUGUUGAACUUGUUCUUGCAAAUUUACUGCAAUGUUUUGACUGGAAACUGCCUUCCGGGAUGAAAACUGAAGAAGUUGAUAUGAAUGGAACUUUUGGCCUUGCAGUGCAUAAGAAGAUUCCUCUCUGCCUUGCAGCUGAUAUCCGUAAAUGAUAAGCGCAAAACUGUUUCUAAAGAAAACCAUGAACCUUUUUACUUCUUUGCAUUUGUAGUUUUUCUGU